CCAUCUCUCACCUCAUUCUUUUCUCCAAGAUAUUUGAAACAAUGGAUCAUGUCCAUCUCUCUCUUUCUUCCAUCAUCAUCCUCUCCUUCUUAACAAUACUACCACCAUCUUACUGCGUCGGAGAUGAACAACCUUUUGUGGUGUGCAACCGUCCCUAUAACUGUGGAAGCAUGAUCAACAUUCCGUACCCUUUCUGGGGAGACAGCCGACCUGAAUAUUGCGGUCAUUAUGGGUACAAUCUCAGCUGCCGCAACAAUGAAUACCCAGUUCUCAGAUUUGAAGCACUAGAAUUCCGCGUGCUAAACAUCAGCACAGCUAAUCGAACCUUCACCAUUGCAAGGUUGGACCUCUGGGAUGGUCCUUGUCCUCCACCUUCAGUACUGUUCCAAACUACCACCUUGAAUGACACGUUUGAUUACGCUUCAACCGUUCAAAACAUAACGUUACUCUACGACUGCCCUCCUCAAGACAACAAACCUGCAGCCCCAAAUAGAUUUAAUUGCAGCCAGUUUGGAGUUAGUAAUGGGAAAAUUAAUGCUUACAUCGUAGACGAAUCCCCCUUGGGCAUCAAUCUUUCACAACUUGUAGAGGAAUGCAACCACAAUAUCAAGGUUCCGAUUCUCCGGAGUAGUGCUAGAGCUCUUCUUGAAGGAGCUCCGGAGGUAGUACUUCAACAAGCAAUGAAUCAAGGUUUUGAUGUGGAAUUCAACGAUGCAUUGGCGACUUCCUGUAGGGCGUGUGAGGCAUCAGGUGGGGUAUGCGGUUCUAACGCCACGGAGCGGUUUGUCUGCUAUUGCCGUGACCAAGUGCAAUCUUAUACAUGUCAAAAGCCCGGGAGUCGCAGCAAUAUCAAAUUAAAUGUAAAAAUAGCAUUGGUCUCUUUAUCUGUUGGAGUUGGAGUUCUGAUGGUUACAAUAUGCUGCUUCAAGAGAAAGUUCUCAUCAAGUAAAAUUAUUUAUUUUUGGAAGAAGGAUAGUCAAACCCAAAAAAGUGUUGAGGCCUUUCUAAGGAACAAUGAACCUCUUGCCAUUAGAAGAUACAGUUAUUCAGAUAUCAAGAAAAUGACUAACUUUUGCAGAGAUAAAUUAGGCCAAGGGGGCUUUGGUGGUGUCUACAAGGGGAAGUUGCAAGAUGGUUGUCCUGUGGCAGUGAAGGUUCUAAAAGAAUCAAAAGAUAAUGGAGAGGACUUCAUCAACGAAGUUGCAAGCAUUAGUAGGACCUCCCAUGUCAACAUUGUCACUCUUUUGGGCUUUUGCUUUGAGGGUUUUAAAAGAGCUCUCAUCUAUGAGUUUAUGCCUAAUGGAUCUCUCGAGAAGUUCAUAUACAAAGAAAAUCCUUCCAAGGCUGAUUGUCAAUUGGAAUGGGAGACUAUACACAAGAUUGCACUUGGCAUUGCUCGUGGACUAGAGUACUUACAUAAAGGCUGCAACACACGAAUCUUGCAUUUUGAUAUAAAACCUCACAACAUUCUUUUGGAUGAGAACUUCUGUCCAAAAAUUUCUGAUUUUGGCCUUGCAAAAAUAUGCGCUAAAGAAGAGAGUAUCAUAUCCAUGUUGGGUGCAAGAGGAACUAUAGGAUAUGUAGCUCCAGAACUAAUUUGUAGAAAUUUUGGAAGAGUCUCUCACAAGUCAGAUGUUUAUAGCUACGGAAUGAUGGUUUCAGAAAUGGUCGGGGGGAGAAAGAAUAUUGAUAUCGGGGUUGAUCGUACCAGUGAAUUAUUUUUUCCACAUUGGAUUUACAGGCGUCUUGAACUAGAUGAAGAACUAGGAUUGCAUGGCCUUAUGAAUGAAGAAGAUAAAGAAAGUGCAAAGAAGAUGAUAAUAGUGAGUUUGUGGUGCAUACAGACGGACCCCUCAAACCGACCAUCGAUGAGUAAAGUUGUAGAUAUGUUGAAAGGAAGCCUCGAUUCCUUACAAAUCCCACCCAAGCCUUUCUUGUCUUCCCCACCAAGAUCACCAACAGAUCAUUCAACUACAAUGGAGUCAUCAGACUCGUCACAGAUGAUUCUUUAAUGUACUAAAAUGUAUCUUUUCUUGAAAGAAUCUAAAAAUGGAUCUUUUCUUUGAAUAGAAUUCUUAAUGUUGGAUAAGAACCAAGAAUCUCCAAGAAUUGUAUCGGUUAUGAGCUUGCCAAUGCGCAUUAUUAUUA